AUGUGCCUCCUCAAGGUUUCCGAACGAUGCGGCCGCCAAGCAGAGCUGACCAACGUCAUCCGCGAAGAAUUCGGCGACGUGCUCCGCGCGGACCACGGCGACAGAGCCGCCUGGUCGGCGGAGGACUUCGCAAAGCGCCUUGCCAAUCUCGAAGAUCGGAUCCGAGAAAUGGCACGGCCACCGACGACGCUUUACCUCGUGUACUGCAAAGAGCACAAGUUCAGAGAGGGCGAGGAGAAGGUCAGACAAGUUCUGGAGAAGUAUGAAAUCGGAGAGCUGGAUUUGACGCUGCCUGCGCUGGCGCCACCUCCACUCAGAAUCUCAAAGGCGUUUUCUGCUUUUGCUCGGUUCCCGGUGCAGUCUUGCGAGACUGAGGACUCCUCUGUCUUGAUUGAGGUAGCUUAUGCGCCACUGGUCUGCGGUCUGACGGCCGCGCAUCCAAUGGAGCCCACGAUCUUCCGCUUCUCCACUGAAGGCAACGCUCCUCUGGGACUCUUGCAACGUAUCAAGGAGAUCGAUGAAGUUGAGUACGUCACGAAAGUAGAGUGGCAGGCAGUGUCGAAGUCUCGCGCAGAGCGUCUGAGACAGGAUUCUGCGGUUGACAAUACUGCUUGA